GAUUUCUUAUUCCAGUUUUAACAUCAAAUUAUAUAAUAAGUUCGAGUCUAAGCAUAUCAAUAUUUGUUAAAUCAAUAUUUUUCUACAUGACAUAUUCUGGUUGGCUUUGUUAUCUUCGAAGAUCAGGUAGAUCACGGAAACAAUGUCAUAAGGAUGAUAGCUUGUGUAGGAAGUCAAAUGUAAAUGAAGAAUAUUUUGAAGCAUUUAGAACAAAGUCUUAUAUUGAAAUAUGCAACAAAGCAAAAGUGCAAUUUGAGAAGACAAUCAGCACCAAAAGACUCUCUACCUCUUGUUCAACAUCUCUUCCUCCUAUAUGCAUUAAUCUCACCGAGUAUUUGCUCGAACCCCGACAAGAAAUAAUAACAAACAUGACACAAAAUUUUAAGGUGCAUCAUCUUCUAGUUGACUAUUUCGAAGCUAGCUUAGAAGCAUGUCGUUGUUGUGACACAAUCCUUGAAGGAAUCCACGCAACAAGACUUUCUUAUACAAGAACUAAACGAUUUGUUAAGUUAAGCAAAAGGGUGAUUAAUGAACCAACAAAGAAAGAUAUCUAUAGAGAACUUGCUUUAUUUCCAUCAAAAUUACAAAACAAUCCUUUGUCUGUUAUUAGUACAAUGCAAUUCCAUGACAUUCGCAAUAGGUACAUGGAACUUCUUCAAAAACUAACAUCAAAGAGAAGGAAAAUUCAAAGAAGAUUAACAUUGAUUAGUGUUUGCAAGAAAGUUGGAGGAAUUGCUCUUGUUACAUCACAUGCUGCUAUUCUUAUUGCUUUAUUAGUGGUUUCUUUUCAUAGUGUUGUUGGGUUAGUGGCUGCACCAAGUAUUGUAGGUGGUUUAGUUGGUUUGUUCAUAAAGAGAAUAAAAAAUAGAACUAAUUGCGAAAGACUAUGUGAACAACUUGAUGCUGCUGCGAAAGGGGUUUUUAUAUUGAUAAAUGAUUUGGAUACUAUGAGUAGGAUGGUGAAGAGGUUGAAUGAUGAGGUGGAACAUAGAAAAAUGGUUGCUCAAGUUUGUGUGAAGAAUGUUGGUAGUAAAUGUGAAAUAUUGAAGAGGUUUAUGAGUGAAUUUAGUGAUCAAGAGUCAAGAUUUUUGGAUGAGUUGGAAGAACUUGAAGAACAUGUUUACUUGUGCUUUCUCACCGUUAACAAAUCUAGGAGACUUGUUCUGCAACAAAUUACAGAGAGAUCACAACAUUAAUUAUAUUAUAUUAUAUUAAUUUAGAAAAGAAAAUAUGAGAGACAUAUUUUAAACUCAA